AUGGGCCACGUGCAGAUCGUCGAGCUCGCCAAGCUCAUCCUCCGCCGUCAAAACCUUCUACCUCGUGGUAAAACUCUGUCAAUCACAGUGCUCCUAAUGAAGAUCCCCGAUUCCAUCGACACCGUAAGCGGGUCCUACUCCGACCUACUCAGCUCCUCCCCUUCCUCCACUCCGGGCCUCCAUUUCUUCCAGCUACCUCCAACCGACCCGACUCCCGAGUGGAGCUCCAAAACCCGCGGAUACUUCAUCCACAGCCUCGUCCUCAGCCAAAAGUCAAAUAUCUCCGACUUCCUCCGAGCCCGCCGGUCAAACAUCGCCGGCGUAUUGGUCGACAUGCUGUGCACCUCCAUGAUCCGCGUCGCGGAGGAUUUUGGCAUCCCUGCCUACGUGUUCUUCACGUCGCCCGCCAGCUUCCUCGGGGCCAUGCUCCAUUGCCAGACGCUGCAAGACGAGAAGAACGAAGAAGUGCCCGGUUUAAAAAAUUCGAAAACGGGUAUACGAAUCCCGAGCUUCGAAAAGCCCGUCCCCCCGGAGGUCAUGUCGCUCGUCCUCGUAGACAAGCGGCAGUGGCUCGACCGGUUCCUACACUACGCCCGAGACUAUUGGAGAGCCAAGGGCAUACUCGUCAAUACAUUCACCGAUCUGGAGGCUCACGCAAUCGCCUCGUUUUCAUUAGGUUCAGCUUAUGGGAAUCGACCCGUUCCUCCGGUGUACCCGGUUGGCCCGAUUUUGAACCACGGGCCGUGUCUCAAUCGGCCCGACUCGCUCGGUUGGCUCGACGAGCAGCCUACCGGGUCUGUGUUGUUCGUUUGCUUUGGGAGUCAGGGGAGCUUGGCCGAGGACCAGGUUCGGGAGCUGGCUGUUGGGCUCGAGAGGAGCGGGACCCGGUUCUUGUGGGCCCUAAGGCGCCGUUCGUCAAGAAGCGCGGGUUUUCCAAGCGAGUAUGCAGAUUACGAGGGGGUCCUUCCGGAAGGGUUCCUCGACCGGACGGCGAGUAAGGGGAGGGUGGUGGGGUGGGUCCCGCAGCUUGAGGUGCUCGGGACCCGAGCUAUCGGGGGGUUCGUCUGCCACUGUGGAUGGAAUUCGGUGCUGGAGAGUUUGUGGUGUGGGGUACCUAUGGCGACGUGGCCACUGCACGCGGAGCAGCAAAUGAAUGCUUUCCAGCUGGCGAGGGAGCUGGGGCUGGCGGUGGAGAUUAGCCUGAGCUACAAGGAGAAGGGCGGUGAGGACGGGCGGCUGGUGGCAGCUGAGAAGAUCGAGAGUGGGAUAAGGGCGGUGAUGGAGAGAGGUAGUGAGGUGAGGAGAAGAGUGGAGGAGAUGAGGGAGAGGGCUCGGGCGAGUGUUGCGGAAGGUGGGCCCUCGUGGGAGUAUCUCGACAGGUUCGUUAAGGAGUGUGUGACAGGCGACGAGUUCGAGUGA